UUUUCCUCUUUCAUCCAGGGUGCGCGAGGACAUCGACGCAGCUAAAACGACUUUUGUGCAGGCGUGCAGUUCACUGGCGUUACUUCGGAUAACUUCGCGUUUAUCGUUCCUGAGCGUCGGGCGCUGCAGCUCUGCGCUAACGGAGUUCAUUGUCCCGGAACUGAUCGAGCGAGCUCACUCGGUGUGUACGUCAUGAAAAUUGCGACAUGGGAUGUGACGGCAGCACUUUUGCUGACUGCGGUGGCUUUGUGCGUCACCUGGGUACUCAAAAGGAGGCACCAGCAGCAGCUUUUCCAAAGAUACGGCAUUCCUGGUCCAAAGCCCGAUUUUUUUUUCGGAAACUGGAUGCAGCUGAAAAAGGAUCGCCUCAAGGUCAUGGAAAAGUGGAUCGAAGAGUACGGCAAAGUUUUCGGUUUCUACGAGGGUGAAGUUCCCAAGGUUGUCAUAAGUGAUCUAGAGAUCAUCAAGAAAUGCUUCGUGAAAGAUUCACAUGUAUUCCGCGACAGAGGACCUUUCGUCGUUGAAGUGGAACCCAUUAAAAGCAGUCUGCUUUUCCUCAAAGGUGACGAGUGGAAAAGAAUGCGUUCCGUGCUUAAUCCAAUAUUUAGCACGGCCAAGAUGAAGCUGAUGUCACAAGUGAUGAGUGACUGUGCCAAUACUUUGGUCGAGGUCAUAUCGCAUCAGCUGUCAACUGGUCGAGCCGUCGUCAACGCUACCGAACUCUCCCAGGGGCUUUCUUUGGACGUCGUUACAAAGUGUGCUCUCGCGUGGCAGGUUGACUGUCAACGGGAUUUGGAAAACCCCAUCCUGAAACGGCUCAAGAAAAUAUUCCUGGAAGUGGACGAAGGGGUGAUGGCAGCCGCCAUGGCCAUUCCUAUUCUCCGAAGGUUUUUCGCUUGGAUAUUCCCAAUGUUGAGCUACGGUAAGCUGUUCCUCCUGAUAAACGACAACCUCCGGGAGGUUAUCAAUGCUCGUGCCGCAAAGCUGGACGGGACGACGACAGCCGACGUUGUUCAGUUGAUGCUGGAGGCAAAAGCGGAGGCCGUUCGUAGGAAAAACGGUGCGGAAAUAGAAAUUAUGGAAAAGCACCUGCUGGCGAAUUGUUUCGUGUUCCUAGCCGCUGGAUUCGAGACGACGGCCACGACGCUCGCCUUCAUUCUCUAUGAGCUCUCCCGCCACCCCGAAGAGCAGGACAAGCUAUUCGUGGAGAUAAAGUCCCAGCUAACGCACCACAAUGAACUGGUCGAUUACGACAGCGUGCAGAAGCUCAAGCGAAUGGACAUGGUGAUCAGCGAGUGUCUGCGGCUCUACCCACCGCUCGUCCUCUUCACGACCAGAGUUUGCGACAAGGACACCACGCUCGCGGGCUUCACCGUUCCUGCGGGAGUGCACAUUGUUCUGCCAACCUGGCACGUUCACCACAAUCCGGAUGUGUGGCCCGACGCACAUCGGUUCAUUCCGGAUCGAUUUCUCUCGGACAUGGCGCAUGCAGACAAGAGGAACCUGGCGGCAUUUGUGGCAUUCGGCUUGGGACCUCGCGAGUGCAUAGGGCGUCGCUUUGCGCUGCUUGAAUUGAAGACGGUGCUUGCCAAGCUGCUGUCGACGUACGUGUUCAGCGUGUGCGACGAAACUGACCACCCCAUGCAAUUCAUUGUUCCGUCGGUUACAGUGAGUCCGGCUCGUAACAUAAUGCUUCAAGUCAAGUGGAGGAACACCCAAGACCUCUUAGGCUGACUUGUUCACUAUGCUUUCCAGCAGUACACAGUAGUGAGGUGUGGUGUUCUCCUGAACAUAUCUGAACUUCGGCCGCGACGGCCUUGUUCGAUGUAGGUGGCGACGUGGGAACGCUUACGUGCGUUGCAAUAUAUUCAAGAGUCCUCCGCUCAUCCUAGGCAUUUGAUUAUGACGCCUCGCCCACUUUUUGUUAGCCCUUUGAUGCGUUAUCAGGCGUGUGAUUUGUCUAUAUGCAGCUUUGCGUACGCAAAAAAAAGCAUCAUAACCAGUUUUUCGUAUCUACGUGGCACAGGCAUGCAAGGGAGCUAAACGCGCGAAUACAUUUUCAUUUAUGUGAGGCUGUGGUUUAUGUCAGAGCUAUGUUAUAGAGAAGGCUUACCUUGUAGAGGCACAAAAACGUGUAACUAAUACUGAAAGUCACACUCACCACUUCAUGCCAUUCAGAAAACUUCAUCGUUUGGCUUUGUAAUGCACAAUUGUCUUACGAAUUUGAGACAUCUUGGACAUGAAUGUACCAUAUCAUGCUGAUAACUUUAACAGACUUCUUGCAAUAGUUUAAUUUACAGGUAGUUCAGGCAUGAUUGACAAUAUUCGUCCUCAUGUUUUUGCCUGUAGUCUUUUAGUUAGACCGUAGAGGGUGCCUAGCCAGCAAGGCGAUGAAAUCGAAACAGAAUUAUCGACACCGGCUCAAGCAGGAUUGCCGCUGAGCAGAUUUGAAAGGGUGCCAGAACUCAAGGUCAAAGUAGCCAAAGCAGCCAAGCCAUUUAUUUAUUGGUCCAACUUGUAGCCAAAUAGGAGAAAAGCUGUAUCAUCAAGAUUUUUUUAUUGAACAAUGAGCCUCUUGCUUCUUGUUUCCUUUUCAAGUCGUAAGAAUGUUCCAAAUUACAGAACAAACUACGAAUUCCGUGCAUCUGCGUCUAGAAUAUAUAGCAUAUAUACAAUAGUUGCUAGAGACAGAGUAGAAUUUAAGUAUUUUAGCUUACUGAUCACUGGAAGCAUCAUUUUAGAGGCGCAAGUGUGAUUCCUUGAGCUUGUAUUGGCGCACCAGAUUUUUUUAGUAGUUACCAUAAUAAUAUUAUUUAAUUGGCAUCGCCAAAGCACAAUGAGGCAAUCAGAGA